AUAACUAAAUCGUUAUAAAAAUUGAAAUUAAAUGUAAUUUGUGCAAAAUAUUUACUUAUUUUAUAUAAAUCUUUCUAUAAAUUAAUCGUAAAAAUGUGUGCGUGUAGUUUCUGUCCGACAUGUCCCGCGAUUCUCCCAUGUGGCAUGGGGCCAUGCAGGUAUACGUGCCCUCCACCGCUGCCCUGCUGGCAACCCUGCUGCCCACCUCCUGUACCGUGCACGCCGUGUCCACCUUGCAAUUGCAAACCAGUGUUCAGACCUUGUCCAGCACCUAUAAUUCCUGAUAUCGUACCUCCAAUAGUGCCCGUAUUGCCUCCUUGUAGAAGUAGAAGACAACUACCGUGUGAACCUACCCCGUACCCACCACCAAAACCAGUAUUUUGUCCACCAGUACUGCCUUGCUGCCCGCCGCCAGAACCUUGUGAUCCCCCUCCGGUCUGUCCUUGUCCAGAACCAACUCCCUGCUAUCAACCGGUAUUGCCUUGCUGCAACCCUCAGUGCCCAACUCCGAUACUUCCCAAGCAGCGCCCUAUAUGCCCGAGAGCACCACCUCCUCCAUAUCCUUGCCUACCAGUCUGUCGCAGUUGCUGUUCGUACUGCGAGCUGGACCCAGUGACCCGACGAAGGCCUUUGAUAGUGCACAAUAGUGUCUUCGACACACGACCGACAAGUCUUCCUGCAGAUUGUAACACAAGAAAAAAUCCCGGUGUCCGAUACGCUUUGUCUAGUACUAAUUACUUCAAACAAGGUCCACAAUCUAGCAGCUAUUAUCCCGUUAAUGUUCCUCUUCGGUAACAAAAUUAUAUUAGUAGAUUUGUGCAAUUUUUUAUUCGUAGUUUUACAUACCUACCUUUAUUAUCUUUUACAAUUUAUAGUUUUUUUUUUAAUGUAUAGUCGAUACAGAGUAAAUGGCAUUUUUGCACAUACACUAAUGUUUUUAUUUCUAUAAACAAUAGGUGAAUGACUUGAAAACUACUGUUUUAUACUUUAAUUUUACAUACUAAUUAUUGUUACACAACAAAAUUUACUGACGAAAUCACUGACGAUGUUAGUCCAGCAUACACUUGAUUUUCUUGAUUAUUGCAUACAAUCCGGUUUACAUUAUUUGAGUGUGACAGCUAUAAAUAUUGAUGCAAGGAUUCACAGGAUAGCACCUCUGUGUUGGUGGCACGUUGCUCUGGCACAUGUAGGAUCCAGGUCCACAUGAGUUGUUGGUUGGCACACAUACUGGUUGGCAUGGCGGCGUAUACAUAGGCAUCGGCGAGGCACAAACUGUAGGUGCACAAUUAGGCAUUUUGGUACUUUGAACUAUUUAUUUUUUCCACUUAUAUAAAAUUUUGAAUCUGUGUUAUGGUAGCCGAACAAAU